AUGCCAACUAGCUUCAACCAAAGAGAACAGCAGGUGGUCAGUGAAAUGCUUCAUUCUCAUUUGGAAGAUGCCAUCAUAGGGGGUAAUCAGUUGGGGACUUUGGAACUGGUCCAAGACAAAGGAAAAGAGAAAUCCUUCAUGUCCUUGCUGAAAUCUGCAAGCUACCAUUACGGUGGCCUGUUCUACCAUGUGACAAACAGUUUGGAUACAUACAUAUGGCUAUGUGGAGCCAAACAAAUCGCCCAGUUGGCUGCUAAUUUGAGAAAGCCCUUGGCUCCUGGACUCACUGGUCGGCCUGGCCCUGCCGGUCCCCCAGGUCCCCCUGGGAAAACAGGAAGUGUUGGGCAUCCUGGGGCACAUGGUCCACCUGGGUACAGAGGGCCACCAGGUGACUUAGGAGAUCCUGGUCCUCGAGGUGACUCUGGUGAUAAAGGAGACAAAGGGGCCAUCGGUAAAGGUGUUGAUGGACCCGAUGGGGAUCAAGGACCUCAAGGACCCCCAGGUGUGCCCGGAACAAGUAAAGAUGGCCGGGAUGGUUCUGUGGGCGAACCUGGAUUACCAGGUGAUCCGGGAAGACCCGGUGCUAUUGGGGUUCAAGGAACUCACGGUGUCUGUGAUACAUCUGCCUGCAUGGGAGCUGCUCUUGCAGGUGGAGGAAAAUCCAAAAAGUCAUAAAGCUGCAUUUGCGAAGAAGUGGAGAAAGGGAACUGAAUAUUUAAGUGACUAAUUGGUAACAAGAAGAAAGCAAAAUUCUCCCGGUGAAAAUGGCAAAAUGGUGCUCCAGCAAAAGGGAUUGCAGCAGGGUGGCUGAUGCUAUGAUUUAAUUCUGUGAAACCAGAAAACAUCAGGUGGACAUUUAUCCAAAGCAGUUAUGUCCCUUCCCUUCUCAGCUUCCUGAAAGAUCUCACUUGCCCCCUGAAGAGAUGCCCUGUUGUUCCUGUCUUAUGAUCAUCCGCUUACCUACACUACCGGUUUAGGGCAAUAUUUGGGACACUUUGGUCCUGCACUAGUGGAAAACUCUGAUCCAAACAAAUACGAGCACAGUUGGGGAUGUUCAGACGUAGCCCAGGCCAGGCGAAACACACAUAAUCCCAAACAGGUAAUCAAUUAUAGUACUGAUUAUAAGCAUAAGCAUAAGCAUUUUAUUGUCUUGGUGCACGCACAACAGAAUUUACAGCAGCAUUCCUCGAUGCACACAAUUCCAGACUCAUACCCCAUCCUUCCUUUCCCCUUCCUCCACCCAUCCCUACACAGCCCCAAAUACAUCAACACGAAGCCACGGAGUUCAUCAUAGCCACAGCUCUAGAGUAGAAGCUGUCUCUAAGCCUCUUUGUCUUAGUAUUUAUAGACCUGUAUUAUUGGACGUGGGCAGGAGCAGGCAGUCCUUACCAUGUGCAUGGAUGAUGGCACACCGUACCAUUUUACUCAGCACUUAGGAUACCCCCUGAGCAGCUGAGGCAGAGGCAGUGGUGCUAGAGGCAACAGGCAUGGCUUAUGCCCAUAGUUGUCUUACCAGGCCUGCACAGCCACCAAGCUGAGCACAAAGGAAAUCCCUGAGAUGCUGGCAGCCCCACUAGCCUUGCUCCAGGCAUGUCUGGUCAACUACAACCAAUGAGGCCAUUGGUGCAAUCUUGCAUAUGAGUAUCAGCCCCUCUUUCUUAUUUCCAGAACUAAAACCCUGAACACAACCCUUAUUCCCUCUUUCAGUUUGCCAGCAAACUAGCCUCUCCAUGGGCAGAGACUGCAUUGGUGGGGGCACGCGGGUCAGGAAAGGUUGUCUGGGCUAUGUGAACACAAUCCCUGCUGCUGGGAUAGGCCAAAAAUCACAGGCUUAGUGCUUACUUGAGCUCCGUUGUCUUCAUCAGCUAGGUGUGCACGUCUGGUUGGAUCAGAGCAAAUUAAUGCAAAAGUAGUGAAUUUAAUAACAGUCAUGCAUGUGUAACUGUCCUGAAUGUUUGUACUGUGGACACAAUCCAACAGGGUCCCUUUGGGGUCCCACAACCCAACAGGGGCCCUUUGGGUUCACACACUUUUUUUUCACAGGAUUUUGUUCUAGCAGCAGUUUUUACCGUGGCAGAGGCCACAUCUGGAGUGAGAAGGCCACUGUGGGCUUGUCCCAGCUGCACAGGAAGUAGGGGGGUGGGCACAGUGAUGCCUUCCUGUACACAUCAUGCCUGCCACGUUAUCUUUUAGACUGCCAUUUUGUCCACUUGACCCAAAUGUAGGUACGACGUUUGUACAUAUCUACUUUACAGGGGACAAUUUUGUACAUUUGCAUUUGAUGAGAAAAGUAUUCUGUAAUCAUUUUACACCCUCUUUGCACAGUAUUUGUUAAAGACCUUUCUGCCACAGGAAACUCACUAACCAAAAUGUCCGUAUGAAUUGUACAAUUAAACAUUCUUUUUUGUUUUGUUUUUUUGAUGGGGCACAUUGUACCUGUCUAUUAUAAGAGGCCUCGAGGCUUGUUUUGACCAUUCUUAUUUUUCCCUGCUGGCUGGAAAUAAAGGUGCUACACAAGUGUGAAUAUUUGUGAUGUAAACAAUAUUUAUUUUGGGAACAGUUCUGUACAAGAAAUACUCACUAGCAUCGUCUGUGUUGAUACAUCAAUAAAGCCACUUCCAAUUCAA